AUGCAUGUCCGUCUGGCCCUGGCUAGAGAUCUCUCCGAUCUGGGCACCAUCGCCACAAACGCCAUGUUCGACGACGACUUGACACAGUUUCUAUCCCCUCAUCGCCAUGAGCAUCCGGAAUGUCUGCGAGUAGGUUUUCUCAGACGUGCCAAGAAGAGGUUCUACGAUGGCCACGUUGUUCUCGCCGGUGUAUCUGACCGGAAUGACCCUUGGUGGAACGGCGAGGACAAAGUUGUGGGUCAUGUAUCCGCGAUAUCUAGCACCCAAAAGAGCGACAAUCAAAGGAGACCGCGGUUUCCAUCCUCAUGGAAUGAGCUCGAACUCCAGCUUCUCCGCCUGGAAGAACUGAUCGAGUGGUAUACCUUUGCCGACCGCUCCCUUAGUCGCUCGGCAUGGCUUCGGUUCUUCAACAGUGAGGCUGGAGAUGGACCUUUCGACGAUAUCAAGCAAUACUGGGAGAUUGAUCACCUCUCUGUCGAUCGGGCCUACCAAGGCAAGGGCUUUGGAACCAUGUUGGUGAAAUAUGUGCAGGAAUACGCUGCAAGGGAUAACUUGCCUGUUAUUCUUCGUGCGAGUAAACAGGGGAGGUUGCUGUAUAAGAAGUUGGGAUUUGCCGAUGUGGGUGUUGUCGAUAUGGGUCCGGGUCAGGUAUAUGAGGCUAUGGCUUGGUACCCGUCUGAUGCUGUGACGGCCGAUCUUGCUGCGAAGAAUGUCGACGACACUUCUGAAGAGAAGCCGGUGUUGUGA